AUGCUGCACGCUUCUGUAUUUCUUUUGUUGUUCGCGCGAAUCGCGGCGGGACCCAUUUCUGGCGGGUUUGUCGACGAGGCGGUCAGAGUUGACUGCUUCCCCGAACCUGGAGCAACUCAAGAUGCAUGUACAUCGAGAGGUUGUAUUUGGGAUGAGGCAUCGUCAAAAGCCCCCGCCAAAACGCCAUGGUGUUACUAUCCAACUGAAAGCGGAUACACAAUUCAAACAAGAAAUGAGCGUGGAAUUGUAUUAAAGUCGAAAACCCCAAAUCCAUACGGGACCAACAUCUCACCGCUAGACGUUCGAUACCGCAAGAACGGUGCCACUCUGCUCGUCACUAUUGGAAAUGACGAUCGCUAUGUGCCGCCGGUGAAUCUACCGCAAGCCGCUUCCACUUCUUCCGAAUCAUUGAACUUUGAUUUCGGCACAAUCGGCACCAGCGAUAUCUUCUAUUUUACCGUGAAGCGGGCCAGCACUGGAGUUUCGCUGUGGGACACAAGCAUCGGAGGAAUGCAGUUCGCUGACAAAUUCAUUCAAAUCGCCACCUACUUGCCGUCGAAGAAUGUCUACGGAUUCGGAGAUCACGUCCAUAAAAGGAUGAAGGUAUGA